AUGGUCUACCCCUCUUCAACUCAAGAUGUCGUCCAGAUCGUUAAAAUUGCAACUAAACAUUGUAUGCCCGUUACGCCAUGUUCGGGAGCUAUGAGUUUGGAGGGGCACUAUCGUGGGAUUGGCUGGGAAUUUACUGCGAUGGAAACUUGGGGCAGGGAUGCGAUAUCAGAGUCCGGCUAUAAAGUGCUCUAG